AAAUUAGUUUUGCUAAUAAUCUCACUUCUUCCUUAGAUUCAGGUCAGAAGACGUUUAAAAGAAGAAGAUCUAUCAUUAACUGGGCCUUCUGGCGAGGCUCGAGCACCCACCUGGACAACCAGCCCGUGUCACCAACGUCUCUGAUGCCGGGACAGCUCUUUGGAGUGUCUUUGCCAGAUAUCUGUGAGAAUGACAAUCUACCCAAACCUAUCUUGGAUAUGCUUUUCUUCCUUAAUCAGAAAGGACCCCUCACAAAAGGGAUCUUCAGACAGUCGGCCAACAUGAAAUCCUGCAGAGAGCUGAGAGAGAAACUGAAUUCCGGAGUUGAAGUACAGCUAGACUGUGAAUCGGCUUUCGUGGUAGCCUCUGUCUUAAAGGAUUUUCUACGAUGUAUUCCGGGAAGCAUCUUUUCAUCAGAUCUCUAUGAUCAUUGGGUCUGUGUAAUGGACGAAGAAAAUGAUGAGGAAAAAAUAAAUGCAGUUCAAAGGCUAUUAGACCGGCUCCCAAGAGCGAAUGUUGUUCUGCUAAAGUAUCUUUUCGGGUUAUUGCACAAGAUUGAAAACCAUGCCUCAUGGAACCAGAUGAAUUCAUUUAACUUAGCAGUGUGCAUCGCUCCAAGCAUCCUUUGGCCUCCUGCUUCCUCCAGCCCCGAAAUAGAAAGUGAAUUUACAAAUAAGGUUUCUCUGCUUAUACAAUUUCUGAUUGAAAACUGCUGUAGAAUAUUUGGAGAAGAAAUCACUUCCCUUUUGGAAGAGGUUUCAGUGACAUGUGCUACGAAAGAGAAUGUCUCAGAUAACUCUUUCUUCCAGCUGAAUGACUCCUCCUAUGACAGCCUGGAAAAUGAGCUGAACGAAGAAGUUGAUGCUCCAUGCAGUGACUUGGUAAAGAAACUCGGUCCAGGCAGCAGAAGCAUGGACUCCAUGUUAACCCUCAGUGACUAUGACCUCGAGCAGCCUGAGGCAGAAGGCGAUUUAACCCUGAGCGACUCUGACUUAGACGAUCCUAAAGAUGAAGACGUUCAGGUGGAACAGCCCGAUGAGCCUGAGCCAGUGACCGUGGCGGCAGUGUACAGAAAGGCCUCGCUGCAGGACCAGGCCACUGCCCCCUCUGGCAUGAGCACCCCCAGCCACCUGUCCGCAGCUACGGAAGGUGCUCCAAAAAGCCCGAGGCAACAGCGGCGCUGCUCGGAGCCCAGCAUCGGCUACCUGGGUUCGAAGCUUUCCUUUCUUAGGGCGUUUUAUCAGAAAAGGAUACGCAAGUCCAGCUGCGAUGCGAUUCUCCUGAAAAAAGAUGAGAACCAUCUGAGUCAGAAUCCACCCCUCCAGGAAGAGGGUAAGACAGGUUUUAAAACAAGUUUAGUCACAGACACUGAUGUCAAGAAAAAUGCCACUGAUGAAAAUGAUAAGAAGCAAAGCUGGUGUGAUAGCGAAGGAAAUCACGCAAACCUUUUUCCUAAAUCCAAGCCAGUGACCAUUUCCUCACACGAUUGUCCCACGAACCAGCCCAUCGCUGUGGACACGGCUGGGUACUCCCCGCCAUGCCCAGCAGAGCCCCUCAAAGGCUCAGGGAGGCAGCGGCACUGCUCAGAGCCCAGCACUGAUGACCAGCACUGCAAACUGACCUAUCUCAGGGGACUUUAUUCAAAAAAGAAGCAGCACAACACAAGCUGUGACGCCAGCCUCUCGCACAAAGAGGAGGAUUAUCUCGAGCGGCACAAGUCUUUGCAGAUGGAGGGGCAAAAGCUUAUCAGUCAGAGCUUGGUCAUGGGGAUCGAGGUUGGCAAGAGUGGUGCCACAAAGCAGAUCACUGAGAAGGUCUUCCCCCCAAGGUUAAGCAUUUGCCCGAGGAGUAGCUGUUCCAGCUUGUCCUCCCCGGACACGUCCCCAUCUGGCUCGCCAGUGAGCUCCCAAGACAGCGGUUUUUCUCAGAUUUCUGAACAGUCGGUGUUUACACCCACUGAAACAUCCUCUCCAGUAGAUUGCACUUUUCAAGCUCAAGGAAAACAGGAAGAGCUUUCUUCUGACUUAAGCAGUUCCAGCCUCAUUUCUGGAAUUCCCGGUCCCUCGUCAGGGCAGGCCAGCAGCCACCUGGCUCAUACAAAAAAGGACAGCCUAGAAGGGCAUUCACAAAUGCGUUCUGUAACUCUGCACCCCAGCACAUGGUUCAGAAAUGGUAUAGCCAGUUUGAAAAAUUGGUCUCUCAAAAAGAAGGCAAGGGCACCGAGACCAGAAAACAAUAAAACAGGUUCUCUAAAAGGACCCACGGAGCCACCUCCAUGUGCUCCUGGCAUUCCAGAAGCCAGCGCACUGCAAGAGAGACAGACAGACAUUCCCCAAAUGGCAGCCGAAGGGCUUGGAGCUGUGCAAACAGCCCAGUCCUGUAGUUCUUACCCCAGCCAGGAAUCAGAGAAGGAUGGUAGCUCUCCAUCCAGCCUGGCGGAAGAUGGACUUGAGCUUUGCUUGAAGUCACCUGAGGAAGGAGAGAAGGAUGGGCAGUGUUCUCCUGGUACUCUGCCUCUAGAAGGAUCCUCACCCAGCUCUUUGACAGUGGAUGACGUGUCCAGCCCAGACUCAGGGCCAACAGUGGUUUCUGAUGUUGAGGACACGCAUGUAACCAAAGACAUUUAACCACAAUCAGAAUCUAAUAUCUGCAAGGACAGAAACUGGGCUACUAAUAACAUAAAGAUAAUAAUUACUAUGACCCCUGUGUAUAGAAUAACCGAGACAGGUAGCAUCGGGGUUAUCACUGCUGAUACUUAGGACAAAAAGAAGAACCCUCUUUAUUGAGAUUAUUUGGCAAAAAGUCAAGGCUAAAAGAUUUUAUCACCUAACUGCUUGGGAGGCUUUUCCUUAUUAGAGCAUGGAUUGAUCCUGUCAUGCAUUUUAAGAGGUCCCAGCAGAGGGCUAAAGACGCAGCAUCAUCUCUAGAGGAAACAUGCCUUAGAUGACACUAAGAAGGCCAGGAUAUCAAAAGUGAAGAAUAAAAACCAUGGACAGAGGGGGAAGUCUGCAAAGAAACCAUCCACAUUCCAUGAAAUGUUUUUAAUAAGUAAGCAAGAAGAAUGCCACCAAUCAAAGCAUUAAGAAGGAAAGCAUGUCAGAUGAUCAAGGAAAUCACAUCAGACUUUUCCCCGAAACCAAGCGAGUGGCCAGUUCUGAGACAUCCCAUAGUCAAUCACGUGCCCUCACAGAAUCAUUCCAGGUACCGGCCCAUUAAGGCAGCUAGUGUGGAAGGAACUCGAGGGAUUCGAGCCAUGAGUACCAUGACAUCGUAGUUUUUGUUGGUCGGUUCGUUUUUCCAUGAGCGUCUCACUGCUCUGCAGAGGCCCCCGGACACAGCUGUGGGGAGAACGAAGGACAUGGGUGCUCCUUUCAGAGUUCUUUCCAGAGGUGCCUGAGCCAGAAACAUUCUCCAGAAAUGCACGUUUUCCUCCUAGGAGGUGCCCUCCUGACAGCAUUGGCUGUCUUAGUGAGGAGGAAGAGUCUGCAACAACAGUCCUUCCUUUGUUGCACGGUCACUG